CCCUCAGGCGGCGUGUCGGUUCUCUCGGGUCCAGGUCAUAGAAGUCAAGAUUCAAGAUGGUGGUCCUUUCCAAAGAACAUGGGUAUGUGCUUCUCACAGGAGCAGCCAGCUUUGUUCUGGUAACUCAUCUGGCUCUAAAGGUGGGAAAAGCUCGCAAGCAGUACAAAGUAGAGUAUCCCGCAAUGUACAGUGAUGACCCGGAAAAUGGCCAGAUCUUUAACUGCAUACAGCGGGCACAUCAAAAUACUUUGGAACAAUACUCUUCCUUUUUAUUUUUCCUUGCUGCUGGAGGACUUACACAUCCUCGUGCUGCUAGCGCUCUGGGAGUUGUGUGGAUUAUUGGCAGAGGGCUUUAUGCCUCAGGAUACUCUACAGGUGAUCCAAAGAAACGUUCAAGAGGAGCCAUUGGUUCUUUCGCCCUGAUUGCUCUGUUUGGUACUACAGUAUGCUCCGCCUUCAAAUUGCUUGGUUGGUCAUUUAACCCAAAGACAUGGGCCUAAACCAGGAAAAGACAGUACAUGGGGCCAAAGGUGCUAAUUUGUAUUGCUGAUUCGGUUUCUGAUGUAUUACCUUUUGCAUUGUAUGGAAUAAUGUAAGACUUAUGCAAAAAUAAGUAUAAUAUCGAAUUAAUCUGUAUUUUCCUAAAUAAAAUUUUUAAA